CGCGCUACGCAACGUCUUUUGCAGCAGGAUACGUUACUAAGACACAAUGCCGUUCCAGUUUGCAAUUUAUUACUUAUAUGAUAAGUCAUUAAAAGUGGAGAGUACAUCGAUCCUUCUAGCUAAUAAAGACCAGCUUAGUCAAGUUACGUCAAAACCUGACCUUGAUGGAGACGACAAUUGGCUAGAAAUAAAGUGGCCUACACGUAAAGAACCAGAGAAGACUGUGCCUGCAAAUGCAAACUGAUGCUGUUUGGAGAUUCGUUCAAAGACCUCGUCGUGAAGAAAAACUUACUUAUUUUGGGAAAGGACAUAUGGAAAAAGGAUGAAAGCAGGGGUGUUCGUGUCAAAAAGAAAAUGUUGGACACCAACAACAAGGUGGAGGCUAAAAAAACCCGGCUGGCAAAGCAAACCAAGAUUAAAGAAGCAGCCAGAGACCAGGUGUUACAAAAACUGAAGAAUUCCCUUUCUCAGAGCAGGGCCGUAGACACACAAGAUCAAAGCACCAGCUCUGAGGAUGAAGUUCCACAAUGUCUUCAUAACGUAAAGCAAGCAAAGACUAAGAAGGCUGCCAGACCCCUGGCAUUCACUUCCGAUCAUCAUAUCAGUUCUGAUGAGGUCACAAAUAUAGCGAGCCCACUCCGUCACACCAGUUCUGAUGAUGCUACAAACAUAGGGAGUCCUGAAAUGUUUCAGGCCAAUGACUUAGAUGAAGACUUUGGUCUAACCUCAACCCAGAGAAAGAUAAAGGACUCUAACACUGGGCCGAAAAUGCUGUUCCAAAUGGAUGAAGAAAUUCUGACAUCCCUUCGUGAGCUCCCAGAAAUGAUUAAAUCAAUGAAGGAGUGUGUGCAGUGUGUCCAAUCAUUGAUUGCCUCACCCGGUGGGAUCCCCUCAUCAGGAAUGUCAUCUGUCUCUAGUACUUUGGCCAGUGAAAUUGAAAUGCACUCCUUGGCUGGAAGUGGAGUGAGUGUUCCGAAGAGGGCCUUCCAGCGGCUGAACAGAUCUCGGAUCACAAUUUUUGCCCAGGAGCUGGCUGUUCUGGUGUUCACAAAGGAACUGCUGGCAGAGUCUACCCUAACAGGAAAAUCUGGAAGAGGGGGCCCCCCCAAAAAACAGCUGGAUGUUGAAAAAGUGCAGGCCAUAACAGAUGCUGUUCUUGUGGAGUUUCCACACACAACUGCGUCUGAUGUGCGAGCGGCCAUCAGACGCAAGUGCAACAAUGAGCAAUUUAGCAAGAAAAAUUAAAUUUUGUUUUCUUUCAGAAUUCUUUUUAUUUUAAAACAUGGUACAUUUUUUUCUGUUUUCCAAUGCUAAAACCAUGUGAGGUUUAAAUAAACACUGUUUGAGUUGUUCAUUAUGUGUAUCUGUCUGUUAUUGAAGUUACAUGUAAUUUAUUGUAAUGACCCUGAC